GUGAAAACUGCGCAUUGAUCUACACUGUAUGAAAUUUGACCGCGAAGGAAGUUUGUAUACCUCUUUUCCUCUGGUGUACGACGGCGACAAAUGGGAAACAAGAAGAAAAAAAGAAAAUCUGCUUCAGGGCAGGGCAGUUGCAACAGGCAGGGGAAAGAUGAUUCAACCAAACGCGACAAAUCGUCGAUCAGUCUUUCCGAAAGAGAAUGUGUUGAAACAACCGACGUUCAAGGUAAACGACUCACCGAAGCAUUGGACGCGAUCAAUAAAUCAGAAUUGAAUGCCACUGAUACAAUUAACGAACUUGGUACAGACUUUGCACAUGGAUUGAAAGAUGAAACACAUGCUGGAAAGAAGAAUUUACAAGACCAUGGAAGGCAGGAGGUGGAGAAAUUAAGUGCACACACAGAGAGAUGUUCACAAAGCCUGGAAAGGAAGAGGAAAACGGAGGGCAAUAUAUUAAAAAUGGAAGCUUUAACUUUAAAGGAGGACUUGCAAAAAUCGGCGAAAAAGGGGGAUCGUCAGAUAGCGAUUAAAAGCAACAUUACACAGGUUGGCAACUUUAAUAAAAUUGCCAUGGACACGAAAGAUAGCGACCAUUCUACUGAAAGCUCGUCUUCGUCUUCAACAGAUGAAGUGUUUAACAAAAACUGGCCAAGCCUUCCACCAUCAAAGACAGAGACAGGAGCGAGACCUAAGGUGCCUAACAGAGGUUCUUGGGAAGGGGGGCCUGUUGUCAGUAUUAAUGCUGAUAUAGUUCAGUGUGGGGACGGACAAAACAUAAUCCAUACCAACAGGCUAAGCGGGCAGACGACUGGAAACGCACCUGAGCGCAGUCAACAACAAACUAGUACUGUACACGUAGUGGUUCGAAAUCAGCCAGCUCAACCACAGCCGAGGCAAGCAUUAGAAAUGGAAAAGAUAAAGACAUUUUUACGUAAUGUCAACGAAGGACAUUUCAUUUUAAUUGCCGAUGAAGUUGAUUUUGUAGCUGGCAUUGACGCCCUUGGUUUGAUCAAAUGGACAGCUGUCAUUGACUUUGAUCCUAAAGGCUGGCAAACCGGCUUACUCUCUCGUCUCAGAAAACGUAUUGAAGAAAGCGUUUGCCUUGACUACAUUAGCUGGCAAGAAGUUAAAGUUGCCUGUUCCCAUCAAUCUGUCACAUGGAUAGCAAUGAUGGGCAUAUCAAAUCAACCUGAUACGAUCGUUGACAUGGUCUUCAAACAGUGGAAACGCGAUGUGAUGAAGUCGUUAAUCCAGCGGAUUAAUAUUAUAAAGCAGUUUGCGGCACAAUACACUGAUUUAAAAGUGCUGGUUUUAUGGCCCAACGACAGUAGCAAAGUAAAACACUUCAAAGAGGUAAUUGACAGGCUAUGUGAUGCAAUCGAUGAUUUGAAAGUUUGUGUUGUAGUCCAGGAAAAGGAAAUCCUCACUCAAGAUGAGAGUUCGAUACUUUCCCUUCUUGAAAAUGAAGACUCUAAUGAAAUUACAAUCGCGAGGUUACAGAUUCAAAAUGUUUGUCAUAUACUGCAGAGUGAAUGUACAUCGAGAAACAUAAGUCCUGAAAGUGAUUUCCAGUUACCAACAAGUGAUGGCACCAACAUUCCAGAUAUUUCUAAGAAAGAAGCACAUUGGCUUCAGAAAGAUUUGGAUGUCUUAUAUGUUGAUAAUAAAACGGGAAAGGAGUUUACAGCCCCUGAACUGCAUGAAGAAGAACACAACUUUUACAAGGGAGGAACAUUACCUUGGUCUGUUUGGUAUGCUCUGCCGAAUGGAAACUUCGUUAUUGAAAGGGACUUCAAGAGGCGAUUGGUUCAGUUCAUUAAAACAAGGCAUUUCAAGCCAUGCAAAUCAGGGCUGAUUCAUCUUUGUCACAAUCCAGGAUCUGGAGGUACAACGUUAGCACAGAGCGUUGUUUGGGAACUGAGACAAGAACUCCCAUGUGUUCAUAUUAAGCACAGAUUUGGUUCAGAAGUAAUUAAAGAGGUAACGGAGAAAAUUCAGUUUGUUCAUGACAAAACGCAUCUGCCUGUUCUCGUUUUGAUUGACGGAGAAGAAAAGCAAAGAGUCGAAUCAAUGUUCGUCACCGUACGGAAUUAUGCUUGUGUCAUUAUGCUUUAUGUCCAGAGAUACUACACAAGGCUUUCAAAGGAUGAUGACAAUGAUCAUGACAUGUUUUGGCUAAAAAAUGUUGUUUCGAAACGGGAGGCAACACAGCUACAAUAUCAAUAUGAAAAGCAAUGUGAAGACCCUACACAAAAACGUCGUUUGAGGGAAUUGACUGAAAAGAUACGACAGAAAGAAGAACAUAGUAUCUUUGAGUUUGGAUUAGCAGUUCAUAGCUUCAAUUUUACUGGGAUAUCAACCUAUGUAUCGGGCUAUUUGCAUGUUGGCAGCAGCCAAACGGAACUCAGUGACUGGCAGAAUGCUUUGUGCUACUUGUCAUUGGUGUACUACUUCGGUCAGUCAUCUCUUCCAUGCUAUUUCUUUACAGAUUUACUAGAAGGCAAGGAAAUCAUACUAACAAAGUCGGACUUUCCCGAAGAGAUGCAAGAACUUAUCGUUAAAGAUGAAAAUGAAAUCAAACCAAACAUGGUGAGAAUAAGCCACUAUUUUGUUGCGAAAGAAAUAUUGAACCAACUGUUGCCGUUCCCUAAGAAAACUGUUUCAUCACCAUCACCAAAUUUGACAGAACUUGCGAAGAAAAAAUUAGGACGUUUUGCCGUUGACUUUAUAGAAAUAGCUGGGAAAAAGACAAACGAUCAAUCUUCAAACAUGGCACUGAUAAUGACAAAGACAUUUAUUAGUAGAAACAAUAAAGUUGGAAGUGAAAACGAAACUUUGGGACAGAAAAGAAGAAAGCCAAGAGUGUCACCCAUUCUUGAACAAGCAAGUACCAAUCCACCGUACACAGAGAGGUUUGAUAUUUUGAAUCAGUUGACGGCUUCAUUUCCAACCGAGCCACAAUUUAGAGCUCAUCUCGGAAGGCUCUAUAGCAUUUGCAGACCAAAUGAAGACACAAUCGCUGAAGAACAUCUACGAGCUGCGCUGAUUAUGAGUAAAGAAGCAGUUGAUGAUCUUGAGGAAGAGGAAAUUCCUCAUGUGAACAAGUUAGACCUUAUGCAUAUCUAUCACAUGUAUGGAAGCAUGAUACUCCAGAAAGUGGCGAAGAAAACAGGGAAAUUCUUCGGUGAAACGCCAAGGUGUCACGAUUUUAAAACCGAUGCCGCAUCACUAGUUUUGGAAGUCAAACGCGCUUGUGAUUUCUUCAACCAAUGUAGAAGAAUUACCCCUAUCGGAUGUGAGAAGAGUUUCGGAUAUGUCAAUGAAAUACAGAUAAGGCUAAUGUUUUGCAAUUUUGUUCAGGUGAACAGUUGUUACGCGAACUUAUUUGAAUUUAUCAAUGAUGAAGAAUCAGAGUCAAGCGACUUUGUUCAGGAAUCGUGCAUUGAACUAGAUGAACUAUUUGUAGAAUGUUACUCUGUCAUUGAUCCUGAAAUGAUGGAUGAAUCGAUUGGAUUCUGUCAGGAAUGGUACUCUCUGUUGUUUCAGAAUAUGCCGGGGCAUGUUCUACCGGAUUCAUGUGAUGGUGUGAAGACAAGAAAAUUGAGGAUAGCCCGAAUUAAAAUGAAAUACUGCACAAAAGAGAACUACGGAAUUUUAGAAACGAUAAAUAGUAAAAAAGACAUACUAGAAAUAGCAGAAAAUCUGAAGAAGAACUUAGAUGAAUAUGAUAAGCAAGAGACACGCAGUGUAUCAAAGCGUCAAAUGGAUUUGGACUACAAGGAAUGGAUUUACAUCAUUCGGCACGAUUUGUUCGAACAGGAAUUGGCAAUUGAUAAGGUCCUUCAAAUUGUUGAAGUCUGGUAUGAAAAGGUGAAGUCUCCGAUCAGUAGAUUUUAUCUGUUUGUACUGAAAAGCGCUCUUGGGUUUGGAAGCAGAUAUGCACAGGGCAACACCCAGUUAUUACAAGAAGCAAAAUGUUUAAAAGAGGAUGUUUUAAAAUUCAGUAAGUUUGUCACCAAACCGAAAUACCCAAGAGAAUGGCUCGGACUUCCCCAAGAUAAUAUUCGUCGGCUGUUUCCGGGACUUAGAUUUUUCGGACUGAUUCAAGAUCGCGAUAUUCAAGAGCAUGAUCUUGAAAUAAGAAAAGGCCGAAUCGCUUUUCCAAACAACAAACCGUCGGGUGGAUACAUUGAUUUGGAUCUUGGCCCAGAUAACAGAUGUCCGAUAAAAGUAUUCUUCAUUCCAGCGCGCGCAGACCAUCAGCGAGGGAUGGUAGGCUCAAAAAAUGCUGGGGAUAGAGUUGAGUUCGUGCUUGGAUUCAGUCUCUCGCAUGGGUACGAGGCUUUCAAUGUGUUACCGCUCAAGCUGGUAACAUGCCCGAAUUGCAAGAUUGACGUCGAGAAGAUAAGUAGAGUAAGAAAACCUACCUGCCCCAGAUGCAGAGCCAUAGUACAUACCAAAAUAUCCAAACAAGAACGUUAGAAAACCCCGUGCAAGGUUGAUAUCACUGGAAAGGAGUUUGCUCACUGAUCACUUAUAUGUGAAAUAAAAACGCAGCAAAAGUACAAAAUACAUAACGUAAUACAGUUUAUAUAGUCGCUCUUUAUUAUAACCGAAGUCGUACCUGAAUGAUAUCUUUUGCUAUCUUAAACUUGUGAAAAUAAAGGUUUGUUAUAUUAUUUUAAGGUGUUUUUUUACAUUUUUCUUUUCUUCACACAAAACCUUUUAAGAUAACAUCAUAAAAAGAUGUGAUCACCUGGCAUCUUGAAUUGACAUAUGUGUGGGUCAUACACCAUAAAAUGUACGUGUUUGUGCUUAUGAAGGAUCUUCCAACCAGACUGUAUUGAGGAUAAAAAACUAUUGACGUCAAACAUAUUUUUAGAAGUUGUUUUGUGUCCUUUUGUCUUAACUGUAACGCUUUUAUUUAAGAAUUAUGAAGAAGACAAGAAAAUGGACUAAUUUAGAUAAAACGUUUCCAGGUUAAACAAUAGCCAUUCUUUAAAAUGCCAUUAAAUCAAAUGAGUAUUAAUUAUUGAUGCCGCAUACUGCAUUAGCCCUGCCUGGAGAUCCUCGGAGAAUACAUGUUUUCACAUCAAUCACUUUACAAUUUCAUUUAUUUUUAAAAUCAAAUUGUGUUUUUUUUAAAGUUCCUAAUGUGUAGUUAUUCUAAAACUGGUAUGGUUUACAAUUAUCAUUUUUUUUACUUUUAUGUAUAUAUUUUUAUUAUUGAUGGCAUUACUUUUUUUUAACUAAGAUAGCUUGCAUUAAAAAAGUGUUUUAAUGAAAUUAUUUUUGUACAUUUUCACGUAUCUUUAUACGUUGUAUUUGCUUGUAUUUUUUGUUAUUUUGACAGUCAAUGACACAUAUUUAAGUUUAAAUGAGCAAUGGCAAAUAUAUGCAAAAUUUUGGCGCAUUUGCUACCAUGUACCUUAUAUAUCUGACAGUCACAGUGAAGUAUAUGAAGAUAUUCACAAUCGUUAAAAUUUUUAAGAAAUGUUUUUUUAGGUAUACUUCUAUGCAUAUUGUUUUAUGCGAUGUUCAUAGCGGUUGUGUAAUAUAUAGAGGAUGUUGGUUUGUUUCAGUGUAAGAUCGUUAUAUAUUUCAUCGAGUGAGCACCAGAAGUUAUAUUCACUCACCGAAUGAGCACCAAAAGAUAUAUUCACUUUUGGUGUUAACGAAGUAAAAUAUAUUGCUAUCUUACAUUGCAACAUACAUUUUUUCUUUUUUAUUAUAUGCCUUUAUUGAAGAAUUAAACUAUUUUAGAACAAAAAGCGCCAAUUCGUAUGCCCACGUAACGGCAUUUCGGAAGUGUGUCCCAGCCCUGUGCACGCUGACAUUUGAUUUGGGCUAAAAAUUUCAGAUAUUUUCCUUGUUUGAAACAGUUAAAUUUCAAUUUUAUUUUACUGAUAAAUAUAUAAAAACCGGAAAGCAUG